AUGGAACUUCGUUCUAAGAUGACCAAGGAGGUUGAUAAAGUUGAUCAAAACUAUUUCAAUCUUUAUACUAAGAUUGAUAUAGUUGUUGAUGUUGUUAUGAAGAUUGUUGAGUUUUGCAACUCUCUUCUCACCAAAUUCAAUUUGAAGUCUGAGUCUGAUUCUAAGCAUUUUGUUAAACUAGAAGAGUUAUUGAGGAAUGUAAAAGAGUUAAUUUCGAAACUUGUUGUUUCUGCUUCAUCUUUGGUUUCUCAAGAAUCAUUUUCCCAAAUGUUUUCUUUGUUGGAGUCAAACCUGAGGGUUGAUCUUGCUCCUCUUUUAAAGUUGGUUAAUUUUAUGCCAUCUGAUGCCCCACUAAUUAAAAUAGGGGUACAAGAGCGAGAAAAGUGUGGUGGUUCUAGUGUUUCAAAAGGUGUUGAUACUGGUUCGUCAAAUGAUCAUUCUCAAGGAAGUGCUAUACGAAAAGUAAUGAGUACACAGCUUCCUACUUUGCUUCCAACUUCCUUGUCAACUACCUCAACUAUCAUGAAUUCGAAUCCUUUAACCAAAGGUAUUACUAUUGGUUCUUCUGCUGGUGGAUCAAAUUCGAAGCCACCUCCAUUAAAGAAAGAAAUGGAAGGAAAAGGGAAGGGUAUCAACACUGAUCCAACUAAAGAAGAUAAGAAGAUUGUCUUGGAAAAGGAAAUUGUAAGACAAAGGCAAAUCGAAAGUAUUUUAAGACAAGGCAAGGAGAUCCUCCUGGUCUUGAGAUGGGUGAUCCAACCAAACCAUACUAUUAUGAAACAAUCGAACAGAUUGUUUCACUUGGUAACAUGUAUGAUUGUCUGA